AUGUUACCUUAUUAUCUUAUUCCACUAAAUAUUUUGUUGGUUAUAUUUCUUGUUGACUUUAAUUGGUUUUGGCACAAUGGUCGAAGAAUGUAUGACAAAUAUUUUAAAACAGAAGCUGCAGAAGAAGAAGAUGAAAAAAUUAACGAGGAGAAUAUUAAUCAACCAAUAAUUUUACCUUUUGAGGAUGAUAAUGAGUUAUUUGUUGCAGUUAAUGAAAAAGCCGAUGAAUGUUCAAUUGUUGGAAAGAAAAAGAAGAAAAAAAUUGGAUUUAGAGAGAGAAGAAUAAUUCAUUAUGAGGACCGUCUUCGUGCAUAUUCCUCUCCAGAUAAAAUUUUUCGUUAUUUUGCCACAAUUAAAUUAAUUAAUGAAGAUGGGACUUUUGAUAUUUUUAUGACACCUGAAGAUUUUGUCCGUUCAUUAACACCAGGAGUAAUGCAGCCAAGAAAAUAUGGAUUGGAUAAAUAUAAAAUAAUUAAUACAAAUGAGGAAUUUGAACGUGUUCAAGAAUUAAUUUUAAGUCAAUCAAAUAUUGGACAAAGACAUAGAGAUCACAUAACUGGGGCUGGAACUUUUACAAAAUCGGGAAAGCAUUCAGCAAUUACAAGACAUUUUUUUGGUUAUGAUAAUUUACAGAAAUUAAAUAUUGAUGAAUUUUUAGAAUUUCAAAUAGAAUUUGAAAGAAGAGAUCCAGAAUCUGAUCCUGUUGGAAUUAUAUCAGAGGUCUCAUUUGCUCAAUUAUUAAUGAUACAUUCUGAUUUACCAGAAAAACGGCAAAAAAGAAUGCUUAAACGUGUAAAACGUAAAUAUAGAAAAGAAAUAGUUAAUAAAAAGGGUGUUUCUUUCGAAGAAGUUGAUAAUUUUUUUGCUUUUAUUUAUCAUAUUGAUAAAGUUGAUUUGGCUUUACAUUUUUACAAAUUAGCAGGAAAACCACUUUCUAAAGAAUUAAUUAAAAGAGUGGCUAGUAAAAUAACAAAUGUUGAAUUAAGUGAUACAGUUGUUGAUAUUGUUGUGACAUUAUUUGAUGAAAAUGGGGAUGGGGAAUUAUCUCAAAAAGAAUUUAUUUUAAUUAUGAAACAAAGAAAACAAAGAGGGCUGGAACGCCCAAAAGAUACAGGCUUAACACGUUUACUUGAUGCUUUGUGGGUUUGUGCUAAAAGCCAAUUAAAUAUACCUUUACACAAUGAAGAUAAUAAAAAGAAUUUUAAAUAA